AUGGCACCAGAUACAUCUGCUCCACCGGGGGCUCCCUCUUUGACACCACCAGCCUCCGUUGAAAAGCCCUCCGCUCCACCCGUCAACAUCCUCCCAUCGCCCGCAGCUCGGAUCUACUCAGUUGCGCACCCAGUUCUCCUCCUGGCAUUGGGGGCUACUCGCUUCGAUGCCUUGGUAGCUGAUCCCGCCAAAGUGCUUACUUCCACCUUACCAUGGCUCACCAUGCUGCAACUCUUCUAUGUGAUCCUUUGUAUUCCGCCCGCAGGGUCAACACAGCCGACAGAGACCAGCACAUCCACCCCGGUUGAGGGAAAGCCAAGCCCUCGGUCAUCUAGCUCUGGUGGUGUUGUCCGCCAUGGAAAGCAUGGAAAACGAAGGCAGCAUGCUAAUGGCUGGGCGUGCAUUUGGUCCCGGUCACUGCCGGCUCUGCUUUCGCUCUCCCUGACCUUCUCCGUUGCCACCCCAGUUUUGACUGUCCUGCUCGUUCUGUUCGGUGCCCCGCUCACAACGCAUAACUUUGAGACCAUUCUGUGCGCGGCCCACAUGGCUGUUCUAUCUGCGACGGCCUUGAUCUAUGCCCACGGUCUGGAUCGCGCCGUGUGGAACGAAGUCUGGGGUAUUGCUCGUCCUGCCGAUGCAGUUUGGGGCAGUGCGCUAGGUACCGGCUUGGGAGCUUGGUUUGGUGCUAUCCCUAUUCCUCUUGACUGGGACCGACCUUGGCAGGCAUUCCCCAUCACGAUUCUCGUCGGGGCUUACAUUGGAUCUGCAGUUGGAUCUAUGAUCUCUCGUACCCCGCUCGUCUACGGCAAGCGUGUCAAAUUCACUUCGGAGGACUUGAGUGAGACCGAAAAGAAGACCAACUAG